UAUCGAACUCCAGGGCUUGGAAAGACAUUAGCCAGUGAUUGAUGGCCCAAAGAACUUUACGGUAAUGUAUUCUUAUGACAUCUCACAACCACCACGUUCGGUCCCAAUGUGUUCCAUUGCUCUUUCUAUUGAGUAUAUGAAUAAUAUUACACUACUUUCACGUACAGAUGUGCACUUUCCUAUCCAUGUUAGAUAUACAAAAACUCCUUAUCAUCUUUCAUCCUAGCAGUCAAUUCACCACAAAGAAUAUGAACGUUGUAUACAUGGCCCUUGGCUCAUAUAACCCCUCAUCUGCUCUAGAUUUCCACUAUCCCUCAUUCACCACUUAUAUUAUCGCCUAUAUCAAAUCUAAUUUUUCACAUCUAUCUUGCAGCUCCAGAUUUCAAGCACAAAAAAAUUAGUUUCCAGAAAAGUCUUAAAUGUCAAACAUGGACAGGAUGGCCACUUGUUCCCUGCUAUCCUCGAUUAAAGAGCUCUUCCGGCAGAGUCAAACCCCAUCGGCAUCAUCAAAUUGGAGUAGCACCUCAAUCAUUCCCAUUCCAGAUCUUGGAAAGCUCGACAUCAUCGAAAACGCAACUAGUCCUCAAACCGAAUUCUAUGUCCAGAAGAUCCUCUCCAUUUAUACACUUCUAUCGCAACUCACUGAUCUUAGCCCUUCACCUACAGUAAAUGUUUUGUUUUCUGACCUCGUAGGAACAUGCAUCACUAUCGUUCCUGACUCGAUUUCAAAAGAGGUUAGUUUUAUAAGUUGGGCUUCAAUGAAAAUAUAUACUGACCGAUAUUAGGUGCUCGGCGAUCCACGUAUUUCUAGCAUUUUACCUGCGCUUCGUCUAAUUUGUUCAACUGCUGAAGCAUGUAUGGAAUCUUACUGGGCUGAAGCUAUUUCUAGCACCAAGAGUAUCGAAGAUGGCAAGUCUACAUAUAUACUUUUCUCCCAAUUCUCAACUAAAAUCCCAUCUGUAUCUCCCAGCCCAAUAUCCCACCCACUAACCAACCGUCAGCCCACCGCGUCCUAUCCACCUUCCCCUACGAGAAAAACUACGAAAACCUAACCCGUUUCGAACUCGCCGCUAUAUCCUCAACAGGCUUCAUCCUAUCUCCAUCUUCCAAGAUCGCAUUUAUUGGCUCGGGCCCCAUGCCUCUCACGAGCCUCUGCAUCCUAUCCGCACUUUCAACAUCAGAUCACAUCUCGUGCACUCUCUCACCCAACUCCUCUAUUCCUCUUCCUCUCCCACCUCAAUCUUCUCCAAAUCCUCCCUCCAUCAUCACAAACAUCGACAGUAAUCCAUCUGCCAACACCCAAGCUCAAAAUCUCUGUACAUCACUUGGUGGUCUCCCAGCCACAGGAAUGAAAUUUAUCACCGCGUUAGCUGGUUCUAACGAUCUCGAUCUCUCGGGUUAUGAUAUCAUUUGGUUAGCGGCUUUGGUAGGAGGGAUCCAAGAGGAUAAAGAGGAAAUUUUGCAGAAUGUUGUGCGGAAGAUGAAGAAGGGGAGUUUGUUGAUUAUGAGAGGUGCCUGGGGUUUGAGAAGUGUACUUUAUUGUGUAUGUGUUUCUGCUUUUUAAGUUAUUGACAUCGUUUUGAGGAAUUUUAACAAAAAGCGUAAAGCUAAUUGACAUGGAAAUAGGAUUUCGAUGUUACAACGCCGGCUGUAACUACUUAUCUGGAUAUUUGUGUUCGCAUGGAUCCAUUCGGAGAUGUGGUAAAUUCAGUUAUUGUUGGGAGGGUCAAGUGAUAAUUUAUGUACAUACUGUGAGAAAGUUGGAAUUAUAGGCCAAAUACAUAAAGGUUUUUAACCAGUCAAUCACAUGAUCUUUUGUAAUUAAAUAUAAAAGAAAAACUUUUGUCUCUUUUUUCUACAAUAAUCAACCUUCUAUAUAUAUACAUUUGAACCUAUAUAGCAUCAACCCCAAAACCAGUAUGAACCCUGUUUUCUCUAUAAGUGAUAUAUUACAAUGUGAUCUAAUUCAGCUUUCUCUUCUAAUUCCCUUUUCACAACAUGCUAUCGGGGCGCAUGUAUCUCGACCUACCACUUUUACAAUACGAGUACAUAUAAUCUUACAUACAAGGUGCAUUCUUCUAGAAAGGAAAGGCAAUGGGGUUUGAAAUCAUUAACAAAUUGUUGGUACGGGACGGGACGGAGUUGUGUUGAUGGAUGGUGGUUAUAGUGAUAUGGGUAUGGAUGGACAUAGAGACAGAGAGGUUAGAGAAAGAUCCUGGUGAUCGAAUAUCUAUCAAGGCGAGAUAUUGAAGGAUAGAAAGAUAGAAGGACGAAUGAAUAGAAU